AUGCUCGCAUCGCACAAUGAAGACCUGCAGGAGCUUGUCAACGACACGUAUGCGCCGGCCGUCGGGCUCCAUGUGCUCCGGUCCGGAGACGAGUUUGCCCGGCGAUGCAGCGAUGCGCACGAGACCCCCGAGGCCCUGGCGCUGCUAGCGGCGCUGAAAAAGAUGGAGGACGGUCUCUUCGACAAGCUGUGUCGGGCGUGCGUGAAGCAGAAUGUCGGCAACAUGGACCUCGACGACGUUGGCUUCCUCCUCGACAGCGCGGACGAGGGAGAGCUGCACGUCGACCUCGCCGACAGGCUUUUCAAGUGCUCGGACGACGAGGAGCUGGUGAUCAGCCGGCCCGGCGCGCACGUCAAGGGCCUGCGCAUCCGAGGCUCGAGGGGCAUCACGAUCACGGAGGAGGCCCACGGCGUCGUCCUGGAGGACGUGUGGAUCAAGCGGGCCAGCGGGCCCGCCGGGAUCACGGUACGAGGGGCCCGGGGCGUGGAGCUGCGGCGGUGCGUGAGCACGAACAACGACGGGGCCGGGCUGUGUGCGGCCGCGGGAGCGCACGUGCUCAUGUUCAAGGGCGACCUGACGGACAACAACGUCGUCGGGCUGGACGCCGUGGACAAGGGGACGGAGGUCACGCUGCAGAGCGUCGAGAUCGCGUCGAACGACGACACGGGCGUGCACGUGCACGCGGCGACGGUGGUCCUGGACGGGAGCGAGGUGCGCGACAACAACUCGCACGGCAUCUGGGCGGACGGCGACGGCGUGAGCCUGAAGCUGGUGCACUCGCGCGUGCACUCGAACGAGGGCUGCGGCGUGCGGCUGCUGAACCAGGGCCGCGCGAGCAUGAUGCGCACCACGGUGGAGCGCAACGCGGAGCACGGCGUGCAGAGCAACGGCGAGGGCGCGGAGACGACCAUCUCGGCGUGCACGAUCAAGGCGAACGGCUGGCACGGCGUGUUCGCGGGGUGGCCCGCGCAGGUGGUCAUCCGCGGCGGCACGAUUGAGGAGAACGGGGAGGGCGACGUGGCCGAGAUGGACGGCGGGAAGGUGGUCACCAUCGACGGGCUGCACCACAGCUUCUCGUCGAACCACCUCGCGGUCAAGCGGCAGGAGCUCGCCAUGCUCGAGGGCAAGGCCGCGCGCACGCCCAGCUCCUCGUCGCGGCACGCCGCCGCGCCGCGCGACCUCAGCGGGAGCGACAGCGCGAGCGGGCGCGCCCUCCCGCGCGCGGGCGUCCUGGCGGUCGACUCGCGCGCGACGACGCUGGCCGCGGGGGACUCGCGGACGUCGGCGCUGACGGCGCUCAUGCACCACGCGCCCUCGACGUCGGACGUCAACGGCCUCGCGCACCGGCAGUUCCACGACCACAUCCAGUCCGCCGAGGACAUGUUCGGCCGGCAGGGCGCCCUGCGCGACCACUUCUCCCAGAGCCCGCAGCACUCGCUCCUGCGCAUGGCCACCUCGGUGCACAACCACCGCGCCAUGGCGCCCAUGCUGGGCGCGUCGAGCGGCGGGUCCCCGCAGGCCAAGUCGAUGCCGCGGUCGAGCACGCACAUGCGACUCGCGAGCGCCGCGGGCCAGCUCAGGAAGGCCGAGGAGCGCCAGGACGACACGCCCCCGGGGGACGGCGCCGCCCAGCACGUGCCCGACACGCCCGAGUGGUCGCCCGUGCGCGCCGGCCAGCCCCUCUCCGCGUCGGGAUCGGCGAAGCGCGUCCAGUUCGGGGGCUUCGAGGCCCUCGUCGUGGAGGCCGCCCCCUGA